ACUCCUUCACAGUAAAACCACUGACGGUUAUUUUUUUAAUUUGACGCUGUAUAACGGAUUUCUGAGAGAUUUUUCCUGAACAUGUAGCUAAUUCUUCAUUACUACGUCUUUUGUAUCAACCAACAAGCAGUCAUGUUGUUGCCGUCCGACGUCGCUCGGCUUGUUUUGGGGUACCUGCAAGAGGAGGGACUGUCCGCUACAAGCCAAGCUUUCAUUCUCGAGAGCUCCAACCUGAAAGAAUAUGCUGAGCACACUACAGGAGAUGGGACUAUUCCUGCUUGUGUAUUUUCUGUCUUUGGGAAAGGCCUAACAACCAUCCUGAACGAGUAUGUGGCUGCCAAAACAAAAGAGUCUUGUCAUGAGGUACCUGCAGUGAUGACAUCACUGUGGAAAAAGCUGGAUUUUACACUCAACCAAAUCAAGUCAUUGCAGAAUUCACCAGCUAUAUCAGCAUGCCAGAGAACACGUUCACGCAUCGGCAUGGCAAAUAUGGCUAGACAGCGGGUCCUGACCGUGGCUUCAGCUGGCACUGUCGUCUGCUCGUCAGUUUCUGAAGCAAGCUCCAUCAUCAGCCCUGCGCACACCUCCCACAGCAUGCUCGGCCACUCAACUCCUGUGAGCUACACUGCUCUGCACACCAGACUAGCUCCUGGCAGUGGCACGAACCAGCAGAUCCACGAUGGCAGCCGAUUACUAAAUACUCCAAGGGAUUCACCGGUACAGAUCAUUGUGUCUGAGCAUCGGCUAAAUCCGGGCCCGAUGUCUCCAGGACGACGGAAAUGGGACACCCCCAGGAAGAGAAGUGGUGCUUUGAGUGUGUCCAGUGGCCCUGGCAGAUCUGCCACAACUGUCACUACUGUUAAUGCAGAACCUCAGCCUGAAGAGGUUGUUGAUGAAAACUUCCCUCAACUUGUGAUACAAAAUGCACGUGACAAGAUCCUGGGGGACAGAUCAUUACAAGAGAAGCUUGCUGAAAACAUCAACAAAAUCCUUGCCAAUGAGCCAACGCCCCAAACAUCAAAGGCCUCUUUAACUACAAUGGAGGCAGAUCAGUCUAUUGAUGAAAUCCUUGGAUUACAGGGGGAAAUCCAUAUGAGUGACGAUGCCAUCCACGACAUUUUGGAGCAAACAGAGUCUGACCCAGCUUUUCAAGCCCUCUUUGACCUUUUCGAUUACAAUAAAACCAAAUUCCCUGAUGGAGAACCAGGUGAUGGAGAGAUUAGCAAUAGUCCAGAAGAGAGUGAAGCCGCUGGAUCUUCAUCUACAGUCAGACCCCUUCAGAGCGAUGAUCCAGGCACUACACAGAGAGAUACUAAUGUUUCGGAUGCAACCCCAAUGACAGUGAAGAUGAGAACUGGACAAGAUCGUAAGACCAGGAAGUCUACUGGUCCCACCUUGUUAAAGAAAACGGUUAUUGCCCCCAGUGGCAGAGCAUCCAGAAUUGAAAACAGUUCAGCCAAAUUGUUAGUGAGUCAUGGGGAUCACCGAGGUGUCUCAUCUGGGCCAGGAGACUCAAACAAAAAAGAAAGAGUCCCACUCUUCAAUACCAGUGUUGGUGUGACACCAAUGGAUAUUGAUGAACCAUUGAAUACACCCCCCCCUCCUUCAGACAGUAUGGAUAAUCAGGAGCCUGCCACAAAGGACAGCACCUCCAUGAAAACUGUCCUCUGUGACUCAAACACAGUUUCCUCAUCAAGAGCUUCUGCUGCAUUUGUUGCACCAGUUGUGACGUUGGUCUCAAGUGCGGAUAGAAAACAGGGGUGUAAACAAACACAAGGAUCUAUGGAGCAACCUGCUACAGCCCCCUCCUCAGCUCUGAGUAAUCAACCUGCUUUUUUGUCUUCUGAACAAGUUGAACUGAACAAUACUCCAACGCCAACUGCUGAGCUAGCUCAUAUGCCGAUUUCAAGUGGUGGAGGAGACACUCAGCCAAUGUUUGCUCAUUCAGUAACACCUGAGUCUGCCUCUUCAACAUCUGCUUCUUCUGGUGUCACACUUAUAGCUGUGCCUGCCUUGUCAACAGCUUCCACUGUUGCACCAUUCACAUCAACAGCUGGGUUACCCAUAUCUGCUUCUGCCUCUGUAACUCUUACAGCUACCCCUGCCUCAUCUACACCCGUCUCACCCGCAUCCUUCUCCUCCUGUGCCUCAGUUGCAGCAGCACUUGAUCCUUUAUCCACUAACCCCAGCACCCCAAGCAAGGCUGCAGCAGAUUCCAGUAAUAUAGUUUCUUUGAAAAUCAUCAUCAGCGAUAACCAGGAGGAGGAUACUGCCAGUGAUGCAGCCUUGAAUCAGGCAAUUUCCAGCAUUUCCGGGGACAAGAUACCCACCAUCUAUCUUUCCUCUCCAGCUAAGUCCCCUGGAGGCCCUGGCACUCCAAAGGCCAACUUGGAUGAGGUGGCACAGGCAGUUAGUGGCUUGCAAAGCUCUGAGGCACAUGCUAGUCCUCUCAGCUGUAAGGCUGGUGCAUUGGUCGCAUCUCCAUUAACAGGGGCAUCACAGGCUCAGCAAAGCUACAUAAUUCAACUACCCCUGGACACCACUAACCCUACUCUCCAAGGAGCCACUGCCAGCUAUUUCCUUGUGACUGAACCCCCGAAUACAGACGCUCAAACCAGACAGGUGCUACUGCCUGCUGGUGUCUCAAAAGCGCAGCCUUUGCCCACCAACCAGUUUGGGGUGAAAACACCAACUCGCUCUCAAGGCUACUCCACUGGGUCAGCGCUCAUCUUACCAUCACCGGUUAAGCCCAUGGUACUUCCUAUUUCUGUUAUGGGUCAGAAUACUCUGGGGAAUAUCCAGAUGGUGUCCAAUCAGCUUGUUGCCAUACCAAACCCAGUACCAGUACAGCAGUCUGAAACGGUCAAGCCCAAACUUCCCACAGUGGCAAUGAAACAGUCUACAACCGUCGGCACUGAGGAAAAUUUGGUUGGUAAGGUAAUUCAACCUGUGUCAGCUGAAAACAACCAGCAGGAUGCAGCAAAGGGCUCAAGUCAUAGGAGAAUUUUAUGUUUUGAGUCUUCUGCAGAGGUUCAACCACAAACUUCUAAAACUAAAACCACCACACCCUCAGCUACAAAUACAUCUACAUCACGAUCUGUUCAGAAAGAUAAUACACAGCUGGCCCUUCGAACAAAGCCUGCUAUCUUGGGUGGCAACAAGCCCAAGAGGAGGGUGGAGAUUGUCAGAUGCUCAGCAGAUCCCCAAACUGCAGGAGGCUUAGUGAAGGAGGCAGAGAAGUCCACGCCUCCACAACAGCACCACAAAGAUUCUUUGAAAAAGAACUCUCGCAAGCAAGAUUAUAACUUCAAUAAACAAGAGUCUGAAAGUGCAAGUACCAGCAGGGCUGAUUCCUCACAGUCGGAGACUUUGAAGAAGUCAGAAUCAGGAAGUAGAUCAGAAUCUAAUAACAGGAUACACAAUCAUGAUAAGGGUAAUGAUGACGCAAAAGGCAGUGAUUGUCAGAGCUCUAGGUUGUCUUCUGAUUCUGCACUGAAAUCAGGAACUAGAAAGGAGAAAGAGGAGAGUAGCAGGAAAGAACCUACAGAAAAAGCUCCUGCCAAAUCUCGUGAGGGGCGUACAGAGAAGAGGACUCCCUCUCAGGAGAUACCAAAUGUAACAGCUAACAAGGAGAAUGAAAUUAAGGGUAGCAUGCAAGAGCAGCAACAGCAGUCAACGCCUUCAUCAGACUUUAGCCCUCCAGCUGUCACCCAACCUACAUCUAAUCCCCAGUCCAAGGCAACAAAAGCCCCCUCAAAGACCAGCUCUCUGGCCAAACAGGCGGCUGAGAUGCUGCAGGACAUCCAGGGAAUCAACACUCCUUCCACCCCAGUCAAGAGGCCUGGAGCAAGCAGUUCAGACAAUAGUCUACCCCGGACCCCUGCGACUGGCCAUAACCAGGAGGAGUCUGCCGACUGUCCUAGGACUCCUUCUCGACAGAAGAAGGGUAAAAACGGAGAGGGGACUCCCAAGCGUCUCAUGCCUCCCAACACCCCGGAUGCCCCGACAUGCAGCCCUGCCAGUGAGGCUGGCAGUGAAAACAGCAUUAACAUGGCUGCUCACACACUCAUGAUUCUUUCACGUGCAGCCAUCGCAAGGACAGGCACUCCACUGAAGGACAGUUUGCGCCAGGAUGGAGUAGGAGAAAAGUCGCCCACAAGCUCUAAGAACUCUAAGAAACGCAAACAGUCCUCUCCCACAGCCAGCCCACCUGCAAAGAAAGAGUCAAAGCGAUCUCCCAGCAAGAAGAAAGACCGGGAGAGGAAGAAACUUAUAGAUUGCUUUCCCCAUGACUUGGAUGUGGACAAGUUCCUGUCUUCACUUCACUAUGAUGAGUGAAACCAGACACACCAACAGGGAAGGACUACCAUAUCACUACCUGCUUAGGUUACUAUCCAGGAAUAGAACAAGCCAUCUGCUAAACCAGUGCCUAUGGUUCCUAUUAGUAACCUUGCCUGAGACCUUAUAAGCUGCAAUGUCUCCUUGAGCCAAUGAGGAACUUUGAUUUGGCUGACUAGUUUCCAGUGUGGGUUGAUCUGUAUAAAAUCUUGUUACAUGCAGCAGUUGUAGGGCAACCAUGGCACUUUCUUGUGUUGUUUAUUGUCAUGUUCACUUUUGUUUUAAUCAUCUUUUCUUUUUUAACUACAACACAACAGUUAUACAUUUGUUUUUGGGCACUUAGUGGGUCCUGGUUGUUAAAAAGGGUGAUUUUAAAACAUUUCCUUGGUCAAUAUUUGACUCUAGUUUGAAUCCAGCUGUCACUGACUGUUAGGUUGGUAUAUAAAAUUGUGUUUUGGAAUAUGCCUACCACUAAUUUUAGUAACACUGAAUGAAGAGCUGUUCCUGUUCAGAAAAGUCUGGUUAAUUGAAAAAUAAAGUAAUGUGAAUAUAA